ACGAGUUGGAGAAUGUCGACAGGUUACCAUCAAAUUCGCGUCGCCGUCGAAGAUUGUCACAGAACCACUUUUCGAACCCGCUACGAAAGCUACGAAUACCUGGUGAUGCCCUUUGGCCUCACGAACACGCCUUCGACAUUCCAGAUGACCAUGAACGACAUUUUCAGGGAACUCUUGGAUAGAUGUGUCAUUAUCUACCUCGACAACAUACUAAUCUACAGCCGCAGCCGGGAGCAGCACUUACGCGAUCUUGAUGCAGUCUUCACGCUGCUGCACAAGAAUCGCCUCAUCACGAAAGGGUCCAAGUGUGACUUCCUUAAGCAGGAGUUUGAGUUUUUGGGCCACGUUGUUUCUACCGAAGGAGUGAAAAUCGACCCCAAGAAAAUCAAGACCAUCCAGGAGUGGAAGCCGCCAACCAACAUCAAGGAGCUGCAGAGUUUUUUGGGUUUCGUCAACUACGUCCGCCGCUUUAUACCCAACAUGGCUGGGUUAUCUGCCCCGCUAACCGGCCGACUGAAAGAUCACGAUUGUUUUUGGUGGGGAGAAAAGCAGCAAGUUGCAUUCGACCACCUGAAAAUCACUCUCACGUCGCCGCCCAUCCUUCCCAUCUCCGAUCCUGACCAUCCAUACGAAGUCAUCACCGACGCCAGCGACAUCGCUAUCGGUGCAGUUCUCCUAUAUGAUUUCGGCGACGGGUUACAGCCAGUCGCCUACGAAUCAUGGAAGCUGCAAGGCGCGGAGAAAAACUAUACAGUAUACGACAAGGAGAUGCUGGCGAUCGUCCACGCGUUCAAGACCUGGCGGUGUUACCUGACAGGUGCUGACGUCACGGUGCGAACUGACCACAAAUCCUUACAGUACCUGCGCGCCCAACCGAAUCUCAACCCGCGACAGAUCCGAUGGCUCGAUUUCCUCGAGUCGAAUUUCCACUACACCAUCCCCUACAAACGGGGCGCCAACAAUAUUGCCGAUGCCCAGACCCAACCCACUGCCCAUACCGCCACAAUGCUAGUCGCCCAGACCAGCCCACUGCUUACUGGACUAUUUACCCACGGCUACAAAAUCGACCCGUUCUUCCGCUCUGCGAUUCAUCAACAGCAUACCACCGCCACCGGACAUUAUUUUAAUAAGCGCGAUACUUUCUGCAUCUGGCAACACAUCACAAUAGACUACGUGACAGGACUGCCGGUCGGUCCCAGCGGAAACGACGCCAUUCUCGUGGUCGUGGAUCGACUCACGAAAAUGACGCACUUCAUCGCCUGCCAACAGACCAUUACCGCCAAGCAAACUGCCCAACUGUUCAUCGCCAACGUCAUUCGACUGCACGGACUGCUUACCGCAAUUAUUUCAGACCGAGACCCGAAAUUCACAUCGAAUUUCUGGCGCCACCUGUGGGACCAGUUCGGCACCAAACUGCAGUUUUCCUCCGCCUACCACCCACAGACCGACGGGCAGACCGAACGAGUCAACCAAAGUAUGGAGCAACUCAUUCGAACUACCUGUACCGACCAACAGACAUGGGAGAAAUCCCUUCCGCUAUUGGAGUUUGCGUAUAAUAACGCGCCCUCCACCACAACCUAUCAGUUCCCGUUUUUCCUCAACUACGGACAGGACCCAGUGGUACCCUCGACCCCGAACAUUGAGACGCCCGUGCCGCGGUCUUAGAAAUUUGCUGAAGACAUUCUCG